GGACGACCCUUGAUUCCCGGGGGCCGCCCGUUGUGCGAGCCCCGCCGGGCCCGCGCUUGCCGAGGCGGAGGGUCUGGGGAGCGUGGCCCCAGGGGCGGGCGGCCGGGGGUGGUGAGGAAGGGUGAGCGAGGAAAACACAAGGAAGGAGGGAAAGUGCGGAUGGCUGUGAGGUGCCAUUAGCUGCAGCUUUAGGCGCCGCGCGGGUCCGGUCCGGAGAUCAAGCGCGGCCGAUCCUUCUCUAUAUAGAAUUUAAGCAUUCUCUCAGAAGUGUAUGGUAGAGCUAAAGAAGACAACCAACCAAGGGUCAUCUGAAAUUGUGAUUGGCAAAUAAUCCCAGGACAAAGUUAGAGAUCACUACUCAAGCAUAAGGCCUCUACAAAGAUGUUUGAUAUAAAGGCUUGGGCUGAGUAUGUUGUGGAAUGGGCUGCAAAGGACCCAUAUGGCUUCCUUACAACAGUUAUUCUGGCCCUAACUCCAUUGUUUCUAGCAAGUGCUGUACUGUCUUGGAAAUUGGCCAAGAUGAUCGAGGCCAGGGAAAAGGAGCAAAAGAAGAAACAAAAACGUCAAGAAAAUAUUGCAAAAGCUAAACGACUAAAAAAGGAUUGAAGGAAUGAACAGGCUCUGCAACCAGAGGAAAAUCGUCUGGAAAAUUAUGCAGCUUUGGAAGGACCCAUUAAGGUUUCUUUUCAGAUCUUAUGACAGUAUUAUUUAGUAAACGAAGUCUGAGCAUGUGGAAGAAUCAUGUUAGUUCUCACCUGUACUAUAGCAACUUUUAGGCUUCGGUGUAGAAGUCUGUUGACAGUUACUGUUAAAUUGGCAUUUAUUAUGCUACAGAUUUUUUAUAACUGACUUAGUCAUUUGCCUUUUUGCAGCGUAUGUACUAAAGUGAAAACAUCCUGUGGAGAAAAAUGGCUUUAGAUUAUGGACUCUAUUCAAAUAAUGGCUUAAAAUGGGGUCCUGUUCUGGACAAAGGAGAUUAAGAAUGUAAAAAUCAGAAUUGUCCUGAGGUGAAAAGCAUGCUUUGGCUUAAAAGAGAUACAGUGUACUAAUCACAUCUUUUAUCAUUAUUACUUAUUUCUUGAAAUAGAAUCAUUUCUGGCUUCCUCAAAGCAAAGUAUUAUUAUUCAACGAGUACUUCUAUUUUCUGUAUUUUUCUCAUUUUAGCUUUUGAGAUACUGGUAAUUACCAGACAUUCUGCAUUUUUAAAAAUCUAAUUUUAUAAAGAAUUCUCUUAUUAUCUUGACUAUGUAGAAUACCACUUACUGGAUAUAAAAAUUUUUGUACUUAUGAACACUGCCAUUUUCUUAGAGGUGACUUGAGUAGAGGAACACUAUGAUUUAAAGCUUGGAGUAAAAAUGCCAAACCUUGUAGUACCUUGGAACCAGUUAAUUCUCACUUGUGCUAUAAGUAGAAAUGUGAAGUAGUUACAAUGUCUUAUAAAAUAAUUUGCUGAUUAUAUAAUACCACUUUUGUUUUUCAUUCCAUUCUUUUAAUUCAUGUGGUAGUGAUGUCCUUUACUUUUUUGAUCAAACAGAUUCAUGGUGAAAAUUAAAAUUCAAAUUUCUUUUAAGGAACUUUUAAAGAGUAACAGUUAAGUCAUAUUUCAUAAAUGGUAAAGAAAGGCUUAACAGUUGGAAAAAUUUUGUUUAGCAUAGUAUUAGUUGGGUGAAAAAGGUGUAAAUCAUGUCAAAAUUAGAAUGUGUUAUAGUUAGAAAUAAAGGGCUGAAGGAUAUUUCCUUCAGUUAAGUAGUAUAACUGGAACUUUUUACUCUUUAACAUGGCUUUUAUAAAUGCAUGGUUAAUAAUUUUAUUUGUUGUCAGUAAUUAAUAGCUUAUUAAUGUUUUCCUCACCCCUGAUAAUGAAUCUUAAAUUACAAAAAAAUUGUCUAAAAGCUUUAACUUAAAAAAAUGAAACUAGAUAUUGAAAUAAAUUUGAUAUGUUUUUAUAAA